ACAUUUCUAACCUCUUUUGAGUCUUUGAACUCGAUCAUUACGUGUUGUAAAGACUUACGAAAACAAUUUCUUACUAGCAAAAUGGAUAAACCAGUAGUCCUAGCUCGUGUCAUGAAAGUUUUGGGAAGAACUGGAUCCCAGGGACAAUGUACCCAGGUGAAAGUUGAAUUCAUCGGUGAACAAAACCGACAAAUCAUCAGGAACGUUAAGGGGCCUGUCAGAGAAGGUGACAUUCUCACGUUGCUGGAAUCCGAAAGAGAAGCUAGAAGACUAAGAUAACUUUUUUGCAGUUAUUUCCAUCUGUAAGCAUUGUAUUGUUUAAAACUCUCAUAUUGUGAAAAAAAGUUAGUGAAGACACGACCGAAGAAGCAAUUGUAUGGCGAAACACGUUUAAUUUUUGUAAAACCGUUUAGUAAAAAUGUCACAAUAAAGUGUUUUUUGAAUA